CACGCGCUCUGAAACUCCAGCGCUGCACUGGAAAAUCCAGGCCCUGAAAAUAAUAAAAUAGUUUUACAAAAUAUCUCAGAGAAAAGGAACAAGAACCGAUUCCCGAAAGUUUUAAAGGGCUGUAAUCAUGAAGAACUGCCAUUCACAUUCAACCCCUUCUCUGGCUGGUGUGGCUGGAUGAGACCGGGAGAAGAACCACACAACUUACCCAAGAAUUACCCUCUGGAGAGACACACACACACACACAUACAACUCACACAAGCUCAGAUAGGUUCAUACACAUCCAGUCCGAGCUUUAACGGCUGAGUGUUUGACUCCUCUCCUUUCAUCGCCCAGGCCCUAUUGGGUUGCUAUGGCAGCUGCUGCUGCAGAACCACCCCAUCUGAUAGAAGCUUGUACUGGAAAGGGAGACAGGCGGACAGACCGUCGCCUGGAGAGAGUACGAAACACUCCACUAACAGCAUUCAGCAGCACUCAACACCCCACUCUCCAUUAAGGGUGGAGCCAAGGUUGUCAAGUUUGAAGGUCCUCUCUUAAAAUACCCCAUGAGUCUGCUCAGGCUUAUGCUCCGUUGCCCUCUGCAGAAGACCCAGCGCUGUUCCCUCUGCUAGAAGAUGUUCCAACAGAAGGAGCACCUGAAAAGCCACCUGCAGGCCCAUGACGCCAACAGGCAGGUGUUCCAAUGCCAGGAGUGUGGCAAACAGUACAGCACUCAGCUGGGUUACCGGCGCCACCUUCUGGCCACUCACACCCCCACCUCCCUCUCUGGUGAGCUCCAUUUCCAGGAGGGAGAGCCCACCCUGCUGGAGCAGCUAGGGAGCCACACCGACAGGCCUCAGCCACUGGGGGGUGCCACCGACGCCAUCAGGGAGAGGAAGUAUUCGUGCGAGCGUUGCGACCGACGCUUCUACACCCGCAAGGAUGUGCGGCGCCACGCUGUGGUGCACACGGGCCGCCGGGACUUCCUGUGCCCGCGCUGUGCCCAGCGCUUUGGCCGCAGGGACCAUCUGACACGCCACCUGAAGAAGAGCCACGUCCAAGAGGCCACACCCACCACCCCCACAGCCACACCUGCCCCCACCACACCUGGCCCCGUAAAGGAGGAGCAGAGUCCUGUGUCAUGUGGCAUGGGGCCCCCCUCAAAGGAGCCCAUAGAGACCUUCCCCAUGGACAUGUACAGCAGCUACCCCCUGCAGACCAUGUCCAAUCCAGGCAUGGGCCACCACCACCAUUCCCUCAUGCAGGUUUCCCUGUCCACGGCCAUGGGGGUGGGCCGCCACAUGCCGGACCCCGCUCCCCAUCCCCACCACCACCUUCCCCAGCCCCAGCAGCAACAGCAGCCUUAUGGCCACAUGCCCAGGUACCAGCAUGGAUCUACCUCAUAUCCCCACCCUGACACGGAGAGCUUUCUCAUGGACCUGCAGAGUGGGCUGCCUCCACACCUGACCGCAGCCUCCUCCUCCUCUCCUCAGAGGGAGGUGCUCUCAGAAGCCCAGGGUGGGCCAGGGGCCGGGGACCCCCACAUUCUGUCCAGGAGCCCCGCUCUCUCCUCGGCCGAGUUGUCAUGCGCUGCUAACAUGGACCUGGGUCCUCUCCUGGGCUUCCUGCCGUUUGGCUUGCCUCCCUACAGUGCUCAUAUGAGUAUGGGAGGUCUGGUGAUUGGCUACCCCUCUAGCUCCACCUCCACUGAGCCGCCCUCCUCCUCCAGUCCCCUGCCUUCUCAGGCCCCAGCAGGCCUUACCUUCCUGCAGCCUCCACAACCGCACACACCCCAGGGUCCCGGAACCCACAACCACAACAACAACCAGCUACCUCAGGGGUUCAGCAACCCUGGAAUGAGCACUUCCACCUCCCUACCUCGCUACUACCAGGCCUUUCAACAGUGAGCAGCCUGAUACCAUGUGACCCACGUGAUCUAACACCAGGCCAAGGGACAACGUGGCACCGUCAUUGGAUUCCACCUUUUCAACAAGUCAGUUUGUCUGCCUCAGUCAACUGUUCCAGACAGCAGGUGUCCACAUACUUUUCAUCGUGUGGUGUAUAUGCUUUCAAUCUGCUUGCAUUUAAAAAAAUAUUUAAAAAAUACAUACAUUUUCAGUCUUUAAAACGAUGCUCAUUAAGCUUUCGGUGGCAAUAAUUUCCAUUAUGACGUUGAACACAAUGAACCACCUCAUCAGUAUUACCUCAUCCGAUUAAAAUAAACUUGAGCAGAAGGAGAAUAGGGGGAGUGUCUUUUAGCAACCCAAAUGUUGUUUUACUGAAACCUGUUAGAAAUAGGCCAAGUGGUUGCACUUUGGAAAGAUCGCGUCAGGUCUAUACAAUGUGGACAUAAGUGCUACAUGACACCUGCCACUCAUCUUGAUUUUUUUUUUUCAACAAUGUGAUUUACUUUGAUGACAAUUGUUAUGCUAGAUAUAUAACAUCAGUUUGCAUAACAUUGUACUUUUGUGUCAUCAUGUAAUGCUUAUUUAUACAAAAACUAGACACGUUUAAUUUUUAAGUUACUUUAAAGAAGUUUCCUCUACCCAGUACCCCAUUCCACUUAUUUGGUCUGUUCCAGACAGUUUUAGCACACUGGUUCAAGUAAUCAAGGGCUUGAUUAUUAUUAUGAACUGGGUGGUUUGAGCCCUAAAUGCUGAUUGGCUGAAAGCCGUGGUAUAUCAGACCGUAUUCCACGGGUAUGACACAUUUAUUUACUGUUCUAAUUACAUCGGUAACCAGUUUAUAAUAGCAUUAAGGCACCUCGGGUUUGUGGUAAAUGGCUGAUAUACCAUAGCUAAUGGCUGUAUCCAAGCACUCCUUAUUAAGUCGUGUAUAAGAUCAGCCUUGAACCGUGGUAUAUUGGCCAUAUACCACACCUCCCCAGGCCUUAUUGUUUAAGUUGACGUUUUAAAUCAGCUGUGCGUGUUCUGGUAUAGACCAAAUAAGUGGAAUUGCAGGGGGUACUCGAGAGGUUUGGCAAACACCUCUUUAGAGAGUUUUACUGAAAUGGGUUUCAUAUUACUGCAUAUCAUUGACUGUAUCCUGUAUUCAGUGAAAUGUCGCACCGAUGUCUUAAAAAAUGCUACUGUUGUGCCUCUUGGAUGCCUACUCUCGACUGUGUUAAAGCACUUAUGACAUUAUGAAAGGAGAGAAUUGAUGUCUUAAAAAAUGUUUUGUUCCUUUUACCUCAACAACAUGCUCUCCUAGAUGAACAGCUAAACAGAAUGAUGUCCUGUGGGGUUAGGGUAGGUCUAUAUCUUUCCAAUUUACUUUGGCUCUGAGUUGUGCCAUUAGAUCUAAAGUGAAAAUGUAGGUUUUAUGAAUCUAGUUGCUUUUUGUUGUUGUUGAUACAACAUACAGUGAUAUUAAUUGACCCAUAUUCUUUCUACCUCUAUACUAUUAUAGUAUAUGUUUUUUUUUCUGCCAUAUUCUGUCACCGGUGUAAUCUAAAAAUAUAACAAGGAGUGUAACAAGCAGUACAGAAAAUGUUGUAUAACAUCUCCUUGAACAUUCUCUUUUACCAGUUCUCAUGUAUUAUAUCCUAUCCUGAUAUGUAGAUCUCUAUUCCACACCCAUGUUUAUUUUAUACUUGUUUGCCGCAUUCCAGACUGACUACAUUGCAGAUGCCUGCCAGAUCUCACAACACCUGGAUAGGUGUUUUAAGAUAUCUGCCAACCACAUCAUAUGAUAUAGCAAUCUGAUGCCCGGCUGUACAGUCGAUGACGUAACAUGCCACCAUUGGUUGAUGCAAUGCACCUGUCUGCAAUGUAGUCGACCCGGAACGUGACCGUUGACUACCUCAGAAAAGAGCAACUUGUUACUCUUCAUAUUAUUGUGUAGAGUUUAUUUUUUGUCAGUUCAACGAACGCACACUUUAGUACUAGAUUUGUUUUGAGGUUAGCUUAGCAUAUUGACGGAAGGAUGUUAGCACAAUAAUUAAGUUCCCAUUAUAUUAUGUUAAAUGGUGAUUUUGUUGUAUUGAAUUGCGGUGUUGCCUGCAGUAAAAUGAGCUACUAUUUAGGCAAACAUCCCCGUUAGCUCUUAGGACUACCCUCUUGCUGUUAGUACCAUCACCCUGUAGAAGAAGUUACAAAAUAAGAAUUGCUCUUAUCAUAUUAUCUUUGAAGCAUUUUCUUAUUGUCAGAAUGUGAACAUUAAAGUACCACAUAGAUUGA